UUUUUUAUGUUCAUUCAUAUGAGUUAGAUCACUCAAUUUCUCUUUAUUAAAAUGACGGAACACAAUAGAAUUGUUCUCAACUUUCAUAUAUAAAAUCUCACGAUCGUUAUCAUUGAUAAUCUAGAUUCACAUAUUUAUAUCAUUGAUAAUCUAGAUUCACAUAUUUAAUUUUUAAAAGAAGACAAACAGGAUCUAUACUAAUUUGUAUAGAGGUAAUUUAUUGAUAAAUUUAUGGAUUCAUGUCUUAUAUCUUGCAAAAUAAAUAAAAACAUACAAAGUGAAUUCAUACCAUCUUCUUGUUGGUCGUUGACGGAGAUGAGGUUUACGCGCACCCUACGCGACUAACUAAGAAUUUACAAAGAAUAAGAUGAAUCCUAUGUUAAAUAAUGUCCUCAAAUACCCGGUUCUUUUAACGAACCUUCCUCAAAUCAUUCAUAGUUCAUACCAUCGUUUCUGGGUUUCUUCAAAACAAUUUUUUUAUUUCAUUUGACUUCGAAUCUAGGGAGAAAUUGACUUCGAAAUUUAUCAUUUUUCCUUCACUUCUGUUCUGUUUGCUUUUCUGGGUAGACUUUCAUUGCUGUCUUUAAUGAGCAUUUCUAGCUCCCCUCUUCAGAUGGUGGGAAGCUCUGAAGAUCAUGGCGAUUCCAGCUCUUGAGCUUCCAGCCAAAUCUGUAAAACUCAUCGUGGAUAUGGACACAUAGUCAACAAUAACACCUUUCUCUCAUGCGACUCAAGGCUCAAAACAAUGGUUUUCCAUUUCCGAUGUUUCUCUUUUUUGUCUGCACAAAAUGCACGAGAAACCACAACAGUUGAUGUCUUUCAUACUGCAAAUUCCCGAUUUGUUGAUGCUUCACGAAUGAAUCAAACAGUUGCACCGAAUCUAAACAUAAGCCCAACACUUCGGAAUUUCACACUUUCCGAACUUAAAACAGCCACUAAAGAGUUUCACGCUUCUAACAAAAUCGGUGAGGGUGGAUUUGCGAUUGUAUAUAAAGGCACAGUGAAAAGCUUACAACAUCGGUCCUUUCUUAUUGAGGUGGCUGUGAAGCAAAUUAAACAAGGACAACUGGGAUAUAGAACAUGGUUGACUGAAGUGAAUGUUGGGGAAAUUAACCAUGAUAACCUUGUGAAGCUAAUUGGGUUUUGUAAUGAAGAUAGCCAAUUGCUUUUGGUGUAUGAAUAUAUGCCUAAAAAAAGCUUAGAUGGUCAUCUAGCAGCUAACUCAAAUACACCUCUCUCGUGGGGUAGGAGACUAAACAUAGCUAAAGAUGCCGCUACGGGUUUGGAACACUUACACAAGGCAAAGAUAAUCUUUAGGGACUUUAAACCCUCAAAUAUUCUUUUAGACAACAAUUGGAAUGCGAAGCUUUGUGACUUUGGAUUUGCUAGAGAUGGCCCACAAGAUGGACGUACCCAUGUCUCAACAAUGGUGGUAGGAACAAAAGGAUAUGCAGCUCCAGAAUAUGUUCAAACGGGUCGACUGACAUCUAUGGUUGAUGUAUGGAGCUAUGGUAUCUUUCUUGAAGAGCUUAUCACAGGGGCAGAAAAGUCAAAACUAAUAGUUGACCCGAGGCUCCAAGGGUAUUCAGAGAGAUCGAUGCAGAAGGUGACUUUAAUUGCUAAGAAAUGUUUGGAGAAAGAUCCGAAGAUGAGGCCAACAAUGAGGGAGGUUCUUGAAAUGGUGACAGAUGCUAUUGCAUCGGAGAAUCAGCAGGUUGGCUGA